UACAUCUCCGCGUAUGCUAUAAAGCAACCCUAACCUUAAUCCUAAAGCCUAUGCAAUGAAUACACCAAAGAAAAAAUAAAAUAGAAACAUAAAAACAAAGAAAAAAUAUCCAAUGAAUAACAACAACUCAUCUAGAGCAGGCCAGUGGUUACACCACUACGAACCACACCAAGUUCAAGAGUUCACUCCGUGCUUCAAUGCUAUUAGUAUGAAUUCACCAUCAGGAUCUUCCCUCGGAGACGGUGGUGUUGCAGCGGCGCAUGAAACGGCCGGAAAAAGAGCUAGAGCUCCGAGGAGAGCCAUACCAACUACUCGCCUAAAUGCCAACCCUAGCAAUUUUCGAUCUCUAGUCCAGAAAUUCACGGGACGCUCUGCGGUCGGUGAAUCCAUCCGUAGAAAAGGUCCGGUGACUCUGGAUUUCAGGUCCCCAACUACACUCUCUAAAGAAGCUAUCUUUCCGGUCUCCCGAGACCACAAUAAUUAUGAUAAAGAUCAUGAUCAUGCGCUUAACCGGCAUGUGAGUAGUGUGCAGCGUCACGUGACUUGGUCAGGUGAGGAAGCAACGACGUUGUAUCAAUUAGGUGAGGAAAGUAACUCGGUGUUUUAUCAAGAUCAUGAUCUUUUGACGGAAUAUUCGGGCAAUUGCAGUUAUGAUGAUGUUUUAGAUCAUAAGGAUUAUUGUUAUCAUGACUUUUACGUGGACACGGCCACGUUGGAGGAGUUUAUGAUGAGAGAUCUUGAUUUAUAAUAUAGCUUGUUUUUAGUCAUCUGAUUAUCAUGAAGAUGAUGUUAAUCAUGAUCAUGAUGAUCGAUGUUACUUUGGGGAAUAAGUAUUCGAGAAUAUUGCUUUACAAGUCCAGCGAGCAUUUUCUAAAAAUAUUUGCUGAACAAAUAUAUUGUUUUCUAUUGCAAUAGAGAUGUAAAUUUUGUACGCCGAUUUUUGAAAAAUCUUUG